AUGCGCAUGAUUUAUCGUGCUUUCUGUCCUGCGUGUCAAUGGUUUAUCGAAUCUCCAUUACUUGAGAUUAUGCGCACUGAGGAUUAUCGCAAUAUCAUUGAUUUGACUCUUAUUCCUGCUGCAGGGAUGAGAGUGAAGAAAGACGGGAAAAUCACAUGUGAAGGUGGAAUGCUGGAGUGUACGGGUCACCGCUGGAUGAUCUGCGUACUUGAUAAGGACCGUGACGACGUGGUUAAGUACCUUGGUACCAUUGCGUGCAUUGAAGGGGACGAGUCUGGCCAGGUGGGUGACUGGUCGACGAAAAUGAAUAACUGUGUGACGGACAAAGAACGCGUCGUGGUCGAAGAGUGUUUUGAAAAUCGGAGCAAGGAUCUGCUUGUCAAGCUAAUUCAACAGGAACUUUCAGGAAAUUUACCGUGGAUGCCAUACACGCUUGUAAAUCAAAAGGCUCUUGGAACGGCAACGGAAGGGAUUUCUUUAAACAUGCUUAAGACGAGCAUUUGUUCAGCAUAUACAGGCCCAAAGAGCUUUUAUCCUGCGGAGUGUGUAAAGUUUGUUGGAGAGCAAAAGCUGUUUGCCGCCGAAGAUACCGUCGAGAAUAAGGGGGGAAAAGUGGAGAUGGCGACCGUGUUGUGGAAACAGCCCCUGAGCCACUUCGUGUCCGUACUACGACUGGAGUGUCAGAUAAGGUGCGGAUGGAACUAUAUUGGCGAGCAUUCUGCUCUGGCUGUAUGUCAUUUAUCACGAAAUCACUGCUCUCGCUUAUUCCAGGAGAUCAUCGAUUUUCACCCAGUGCCCGCUGCUGGCACGUAUUAUGAUGCAGAGGGAAAUGUUCACUGUGCUGCUGGUAGGGUAGAAUGUGCGGGACACAAGUGGCUAAGCUGCGUUGUCGACGAGUUUCAACAAAUGGGAGAGCUAGUGGAAUACAUCGCUUGUAUGGAAAGCAAAGAUAACAAGGGCAUGACGUGGAGUUUCGUCAUUAACCGAUGCUUUAAAAGCGAAGCGCUUACAAAGAUGAAAACGUGCUAUAAAUCGAAGAGUGAGGAAUUGCUUCGAAAGAAUGUGGUGAAGAAGCAAGCUUUACGUAUUCCUUGGGUGCCAUACGUUCUUCUUAAUGGGGUGCCGCUAGGUGACGCUAGACACGGUAUAGGCUUCCAACAGCUUAUGGAUGCCGUUUGCAAGGCCUAUUCGGGACCACUAAGCUUGUGGCCGACGCCGUGCCAACCCAAACGGCUUCGUGAUGAGGCCCAAUUAAUGCCCCCCGGCUGA